AAUACCCCGUAUCGUUCGGCCGAGACAUUACAAACCGGGAUAUGUCCCGAGACCUUCCCUUCGGUCAAAAGACGGCCCUAACCGAGGAAGACCCCUAGAGGCAUCCUACAGCUUUGUAAUGAAAAAUGCUUGGAGGUGUCAAAUAAUAAUCAAUGGUGUUACCAGAAGGGAGAUCUCUGUUCCCGGUUCGGAAAUGAAAUAUAGACAAGAUGCAACUCGAGUAACUGUUGAAGAUAUAUAUGAUACUUUUUUUCCCCCUCUGAACAGGCAUGUCAGGCCAAUUAACAGAUACAGCAAUAAUGACUGAUUAAGAUAUGGUUAUUGCCGCCUACAUUCAAGGUUCA